UAGACUUGAAGUAGCUGUUAAAGCAAAAGAACUGAUUUGAUCUUAGUCAUCUUACCACCCAACGUGCAUGAAUCACGCUUCGAAUUUAAAUGAAGCUCGUUAAGGACUUUAUUGCGUGCACGUGAUAAAUUGUAUACUUGAAGCUGUCUACGAUACUAACUGAUCAUGAGCUCAGACUGGUUUCCGGCAAUAGCUGCGGCUUCUUGAAAACUUCUUGUCACAAUAGGUAUUUGUCGAAACAGGUUUUUUAUGCAUCUAUCUCCGUAUGAUUGCGCGCCGCCACAAGCGUCUGACGCACUUCCUAUUGCCAUCAAUAAAUUCCCAGCCUGUCAUUACACAGAAAAGCCAAACCGUUUUUUUUCUGUACUCGCACGGAAAUGCCUGUUGCCGUUCUGCUAGGACUGAUGGAGCUUGCCUUAUAAGAGUUAUUUCUGCCGCUGUAUCCCAGUUUACCCAAUUCGGAUUUGAGAACACGCGGUGUGUUGCAGACAUCAGUACCUUUGAAAGCUGUUAUCAAAUAUGCCGGUUAGGACGGAUGCUACAGUACCUCAGUGCGCGUACUGCGGAUUAACAUUACGCCAGUUUUUGGCUUACUGCAACGCGGAAAACUGCCGGAAAUGGUUUUGCAAUGGCACCCGAGAUGGUUUGGGCAAAAGCCAUAUCAUAGCUCAUUGUGGGAAAUCAAAGCAUACGAUCAUCUCCGUGUAUCCCCAAAACGUCUCCGAGCCGUAUCAGCCUAAAUGUUCUCGGAAAACCUGUACUGUGCGCAAUAUCUUUGAACUGGCUGUAGAAAGCCGUUCCGAACCAUUUAACAAACGGAAAACGUGGUGCCGGAAGCAUGCUGUAGGCCGAGACUUGGUAGGCCGAGGCCGGUGGAACACCUUGGUUGCUGCGCAUCCGGAAGAUGGUCAGUCGCAACAGUCCGCGGAGUCAUCCUUCUUUAUACGGCUUUCUGCCUGGUUUCUGCCCUAUGUUCCGCAAGCCGUGAUGGACGAUAAAAGGCUGCGUCGGAGCGCGGUUUAUGGGGAGAAUUGGCAUUAGAUAAAGAAACCGUAGACGUUCUGGAAGAGUUCUGGCGUUUUAAUCCCCGUGGAACUAAAAGGCAGUUUCUGAAAUGGAAGGAAAAGAUAAACGAUUUUUACAGCUCUCAUCGGGAUGACUUUGCCAAUACGAAUGCCUACUGGAAGCACUGGAACCGGUUAGUGCUGGAGUUAUCCCGGCAAGAAAAGGGUACCAUAGAAUCGCUGCCACCGAUGCGCAAAGUAGGCGCUGAAUGGAUAAACAACGAUUACAAUACGGACAUCGAAGUGUUCGUACCACAAGGCGUCCUCUCGGAGUUUCUCGAGAAAGGUCAACUGGUGCACAUUACUUUUCCAGUCCUACAAGCGGACGGUGAAUUAAUGGAUCGCGCUGCGACCAUAUCAGCCAGAAGGUUGGCAGAUAAUGGCGAUUACAUCAUCAUCCACUGUUUUAAACCAGUGGAUGCGGAAGGUGACCGUGUAAUCGAGGGAUUAACAGUGCAGUUGGUAUACAAUGACAUCCACUUCUGGCGAAUGCGGCAAGCACUGUAUAAAGUGCAGAACGACAGUAUGUGCAUGUCACCUCAAGUUCUGGAUGCUGUAUUGGGACGCUGGGCGCUUGCAGAUGAAGCACUAACUUCUGCGAGCUCAUCGGCUUCCGCCGAUUCGGGUAUUUCUGUUCGCCAGUUCUCGGUCGCAGAGCAUGCCAGCGAUGUGGCUGACGAGGAAAUUGAGGAAGAGGUAAACGAGAUCGAAGCCCCACCCUUGCGCACCAUCACAACAACGCAGCGCAUCAAUCGCGCACCGCGGCCGUUCCACACGGAGUACGAAGAAUCUGUGUUAGGGUUCCGGAAUUUUUGUUUUAACGCUGAACAUCUCCCGGUUAAUAAUGUACUGAACGCCAAGCAAAAAGAAGCUGUCCAGAUGGCAUUGAUUAACCCUGUGAGUCUAAUCCAAGGGCCACCCGGCACCGGCAAAACGAAAACGGCCGUUGCAAUUAUCCGGAGUUUAUUACAGGAUCCACUGGCAAAAAUACUCGUAUGCGCCCCUAGCAAUGUGGCCAUCGAUGACCUUACGCUGAAAACAGCGACUGCGGAUAGAGGCCUGAAGAUCCUCAGGCUGCUCCCGCAUGGCCGCGACAUAGCAUGCGUAAACAGAGAUGUUGAACAAUACACCGUAAACUCAAAGUUCCGGAGAGAAUUUCCUGAUUUCUCCGAACCGGAGCCUUGGCGCAUUCGUAGAUUUGAACUGGAAUGUGUGGAACAAGCACAAAUUGUGUGCACAACAUGCAACAGUGCAGGGUUAAACUGCUUAUCCAAGGUCUCUUUUCCCUAUGUUCUGAUUGAUGAAGCGGCGCAGGGAAUGGAACCGGAAUGUCUGGUUGCCAUUACGAGAGCGUGCGAAAAGCUGAUAUUAAUUGGAGACGCAGAGCAGCUCGGGGCGGUCGUACGCUUCCCCAAUCUGCAGGGAUCCCAGUUAAUGACGUCGCUGUUUGAAAGGUUAUGGGGAGCGGACCACUGUCCAGCUAAUGUUCGCGUUACACUGACCCAGCAGUACCGUAUGCAUCCGGCCAUCUCCAUGAUGGUGUCGCAGAUCACUUACGAGGAUCAGCUGGUGGAUGAUGAUGGUGUUUUAAACCGGACAUCUACUUCCAGCAUUUUGGAUGAAAUUUACACAUUCUCCACAAAUAUCCAUCGCAUUAAAGAGCACGAUUUUCUCACCAGCAAGGGAUUUUUCGGGAGAGUCAACGGCUAUAUUCCCAUGGUAUUUGUGGAUUUGGCGCGGAAUGAUGAGUUAGCGGGAAGUGGAACAUCCUUUGUCAACAUGGGCGAGGCACACGUUAUCGCACGAUUAGUGUCCAAUCUUCUCCACAGGGGUGACGAAGAAGCCAGAAGGCCAUCUUCACAAGAUAUCGGCAUUAUAACGUUCUACAACGGACAAAGGUCACAGCUGCGUAUCGAUUUGAGGCGACACGCCGAUGCUCAUAACCUGCCGCCCACAGUUGUUACAUCCUGUCGUGUAUAAGCGUUCACGCCGGUUAAGGCUCCAUGAACAAUCUUUACUCUUCCACGCCUGUAAUGCUCAAUCGGUAGGCACUCGUACUCUCAAACUGUAACAGAAGAACUAAGGUGGAAAUAAGACGAACGAAUCAGGAACACAGAAGAUCAGGAAUCCCUCAGGAACGAGCUAACCACAACUUCCGGUCGUGAGUCCUGUGAGGAUCGGCAAGAGCUAGGACGAUUGUGUCACGAGCAAACCUGUAUACUAAGCGAUAAUCCGGGAACGACUAUGCACUUCCGUAGGAACAAGUAUUGCUGUCUCUUUAUCCAAUUCACAUCACAGUUCACAACACUAGGAAAUUGUAAUCAGAAAGCAGUCUCAGAAGUAAAUCUCAGACUACUGAUACCGAUAUUAGGCAUCACAAGAACUUAUAUAGACUUCGCGUUAUGACAUCAUAUACAUCGCUAGUAAAAGAGAACAGCAAAUCACAGCAUUGAUUGACUAGAUUAUCCGUUAUGUUGCAGGUGGAAGGCGGACAGUCAGCAUCCGUACGUACAUCCGGCGUAUGAUCCUACUCCCAUACGUCACCCCCACGAACGAUGCUUGGCCGUGCCAAAGUAAACAAUCCAUCCCGCAACAUCCCAGUGCGAUUGUGCACUUCCAUCCAUCCUGAUCCCGAUCCACCGCACAAUCCACGCGUCCAUCCGAUGCCCAAUGUGACUGUACGCCGCGAUUCCAGAGAGUUAGUGUGUGGAAUCCUUGGCGAAGAGGCAUCCGGAAGUCCACGGGUUUGGCAGGGCGGAGGUCCAAGGAUCCAGGAAGGCGAACUAUGAAUUACUGACAUGGUGCCGCUUGAGUUUAGAUGGUGUUUUAUGUACAGUAUACGGCAUAAAGCUUUAUUAAUUGUGAAAGUAAAAUCUUAGAUGUGAUUGUGUGCGAUUUUGUAGAACUAUGGA